AUGCCAAGAGACUCACCUGUCUCCAGGCUUAUUCUUCAGCAUAUACACAAGUCAGUUGGACACUUGGGCAAAAAUUCCAUCCUAGCAGAGCUUCGACGACAUUACUGGAUAAUUGGAGCACCUUCUAUCAUCAAGGGUAUCGUCUCGAGGUGUGUCACUUGCAGGAGAUACCAAGCCCCGGCUGAGCAGCAGAAAAUGGCCAGUCUGCCACGAGAGCGACUUGCGUUGAAUGAACCUCCAUUCAGCAAGGUUGGAAUGGAUUAUUUUGGUCCCUUUGAGGUGAAACGUUGUAGAAGUAUGGUGAAGAGGUACGGGGUCAUAUUCACUUGUUUGACUUCGCGAGCUGUCCACUUGGAGUUAGCGCAUUCACUUGACACGGAUUCAUGCAUCAAUGCAAUCCGCAGAUUCAGUGCCCGUCGUGGAUCAUUAAAGAGCAUUCUCUCCGACAAUGGAACCAAUUUGGUUGGCGCAGAACGUGAGAUGCGUGAGCAGAUGAGAACCUGGAACCAACAGAAAAUCCAUGACAACUUGCUACAGAAGGGCAUAUCCUGGCAAUUUAAUCCUCCAGCAGGAUCACAUUUUGGAGGAAUAUGGGAGCGUUUGAUUAGAAGCGUCAGGAAGAUCCUCUACUCUCUGAUGCGAGAACAGCAUGUUCAUCUGAGUGAUGAAGCUCUCCAAACUUUGUUGUGUGAGGUAGAAGCUAUCAUGAAUGGACGACCACUUACCGAAUGCCCUAACAGUCCCAACGACCUAGAUGUCCUGACUCCGAAUCAUCUGCUUCUUCAACGGUCGGGCGAGAGUCUGCCUCCUGGGUUGUUUGACAAGCAUGAUAAAUAUCCUGUUAAGCAGUGGCGACAAGUUCAGUAUUUCGCAGACCUCUUUUGGAACAGAUGGUCGAAGGAGUACCUGCCUAUGCUUCAAGAAAGGCAAAAAUGGACCCACCCCAAGCGGAAUGUGACUGUGGGAGACAUUGUGUUGGUGGUUGACUCUUCGCCAAGAAACUCAUGGGCGCUUGGCAGAGUACUUGAAGUUGUCAAGGACAAGAACGGAUUUGUUAGAAGUGUCAAGUUGAAGACAAAAACUUCUACUUUAGUUCGCCCUGUAACAAAGCUAUGUCUUCUAGUUGAAGGCAGUGUUGAGUAG